AUGCCCACGCAGCGGGACAGCAGCAGCAUGUCUCACCCGGGCCCGGGCGGCGGCGGGGGAGGGGGCGGCGGUGGAGGCGGCGGCGGGGACCACGCGCACCAGGUCCGAGUGAAAGCCUACUACAAAGGGGACAUCAUGAUAACACACUUUGAGCCAUCUAUUUCCUUUGAGGGACUUUGCAGUGAGGUUCGAGACAUGUGUUCCUUUGAUAACGAACAGCUGUUCACCAUGAAAUGGAUAGAUGAGGAAGGAGACCCGUGCACAGUUUCGUCUCAGCUGGAGUUAGAGGAAGCCUUUCGGCUCUAUGAACUCAACAAAGAUUCAGAGCUCUUAAUCCAUGUAUUUCCAUGUGUACCGGAAAGGCCUGGAAUGCCGUGUCCUGGAGAAGAUAAGUCCAUCUAUCGCCGAGGUGCGCGUCGCUGGAGGAAGCUCUAUUGUGCCAAUGGCCACACUUUCCAAGCCAAGCGGUUCAACAGGCGAGCUCACUGUGCAAUCUGCACCGACCGAAUCUGGGGCCUUGGGCGCCAGGGCUACAAGUGCAUCAACUGCAAGCUGCUUGUUCACAAGAAGUGCCACAAGCUGGUUACCAUUGAGUGUGGGCGGCAUUCUCUGCCCCCGGAACCAAUGAUGCCCAUGGACCAAACCUCUGUGCAUUCAGACAAUGUAGAGACAGUGAUUCCAUAUAACCCUUCAAGUCAUGAGAGUUUGGACCAUGUUGGUGAAGAAAAGGAGGCAAUGAGCACUAGGGACAGUGGCAAAGCUUCAUCUAGUCUGGGUCUCCUGGAUUUUGAUUUGCUCCGUGUCAUAGGAAGGGGGAGCUAUGCCAAAGUGCUGUUGGUGCGACUGAAAAAAACGGAGCGCAUUUAUGCCAUGAAAGUCGUGAAGAAGGAGCUGGUCAAUGAUGAUGAGGACAUCGAUUGGGUGCAGACAGAGAAACAUGUCUUUGAGCAGGCCUCCAACCACCCCUUCCUCGUGGGCCUGCACUCUUGCUUCCAGACAGAAAGCAGAUUGUUCUUUGUGAUAGAGUAUGUAAAUGGAGGAGAUCUCAUGUUUCACAUGCAGCGACAGAGGAAGCUCCCAGAAGAACAUGCGAGAUUUUAUUCUGCAGAAAUAAGUCUAGCACUAAAUUACCUUCAUGAACGAGGGAUAAUCUAUCGAGACCUGAAGCUGGACAAUGUGUUGCUGGAUUCUGAAGGGCACAUUAAGCUCACUGACUAUGGCAUGUGUAAGGAAGGAUUAAGGCCAGGAGACACGACCAGUACUUUCUGUGGUACUCCAAAUUACAUUGCUCCUGAAAUUUUACGAGGAGAAGAUUAUGGUUUCAGUGUGGACUGGUGGGCGCUUGGUGUGCUGAUGUUUGAGAUGAUGGCGGGAAGGUCUCCCUUUGAUAUUGUUGGGAGCUCUGAUAACCCUGAUCAGAACACAGAGGAUUAUCUCUUUCAAGUUAUUUUGGAAAAGCAAAUUCGAAUACCCCGCUCCCUCUCUGUCAAAGCUGCAAGUGUUCUGAAGAGUUUUCUUAAUAAAGACCCAAAGGAACGUUUAGGCUGUCAUCCUCAGACAGGCUUUGCUGACAUUCAGGGGCAUCCAUUCUUCCGUAAUGUGGAUUGGGAUAUGAUGGAACAAAAGCAGGUGGUACCUCCCUUCAAGCCAAAUAUUUCGGGGGAAUUUGGUUUGGACAACUUUGAUUCUCAGUUCACUAAUGAACCUGUCCAGCUAACUCCAGAUGAUGAUGACAUCGUGAAGAAGAUUGACCAGUCUGAAUUUGAAGGCUUCGAGUAUAUCAAUCCCCUCUUAAUGUCUGCAGAAGAAUGCGUCUGAUUGGGCCUCAUUCCUUUUGCCUGUGUCGUCCCAUAAUGCAUGGAUAAACGAGUUACCAGUUUGGAUGCAACCAUAUAGAAUAAGCUGAGCGUUUUAAAUUUGUCAUCUCCUGUGGCACACUCAGUAUCAUUUAUCCCUGAUCGUAAUGACCAAAUGAUCACAUUUAAGUUCAACUAUGAGAAAAAUUCUGAAAACACAUUCCAGAGACUCGGACCAGACUGAAUGGAGUUGUAACCAAGUGGGUAGCUGCUCGAGUUUAGGGGUGCCUGAGUAGUUGUGGCUCUCGGAUAGCUUGCUAAGAGGUAGCCAAGUCUCCUUUUUAUUUAAAAGAAACACUUGUUACUGCUUUGGAAGAAGACCUGGUGCAUUGCAUUAAGGCACACUGUGAAAUAGCAUCGUCUAAGCCUCUCAUAGUUACAAGAGUAUCGGGCAGCGGCGGGUGGUGGUGGUGGUGGAGAGUGUCAUUUUGGAGGAGUAAAAUGGCUUCGAAAUACAUUUUCCUGUACUUUAUCUCUAAGAGUUCAGUUUUAUGUUUCUGUCUUGUCCUGAAUAGUCAGACUUGUAACUUUAUGACAGUCCUUAAAUCUGUGGGUAUAAGAAAGAUGCUGCUUCCUUUUAACUGGAGGAUACACUUUCCGCUCGAGAACACUAGAUACUCUGGGAAGCCAUUGGUCAGUGGGCUUAGAGUCUCACCCUGUUGGGAUCCCAAGGGAAAAGCGAGAACCACUCUGAGACUUUUGGCCAGAAGUUUAUAUUACCUGGGACAUCAGCUAACAAGGACGCAAAGGAGGCAGGGCACAGCCAAGGAGACGAGUUGUCAGGAUGUAGAAAGUAAAAAUUGUCUUUAGUAAAAAUAGGUAAUUGAAGUUGGAAAAGGUAGAAGAUCAUAUUUAUUUUUCCCCUCAAGGGAAGAGUUCCACAGCUGCUCUUUUGUGAUUCAGUGACGGUUUCUUUGAGGCAAUUGGAAGAGCAAGGAGAAAUGCCCUUUUUGCCUGCAAGUUUCCAAACUUGAAAAGGCAUUACAUUUAGCCAGUGGAAUUGGCAGAUAUUUAAAAACAAAUCCUUUACAACUUGAUACGUAGAGGAGAUGUUAUCUUCCUACUGAGGCAACUUAAUUAGAGUUUUCUUGAAAAUUACCAUGUGAAUACUUGCCAAUAUUCUCCAUGGAAUCUUCCAUGAGAUACAAGAAAAAUGAUUAUAAUAAAUGUUAGAGAAAACUGGUCAUUAUUCCGACUCACUCUGGAUUUUAUAAACUCUUCUUAUGUAGAUAACAUAUAAUAUAGAGUAAGAAGGCAGACUCUUUAAGCUAUUUUUGAAUAAAUAUUAAUGUGUUUGAGAAAUUUAUUGGCUGAAUAAAUGCCAAAAGUAUCAUGCUUUCAUUAUUUUUUGAGAGACUAAUUUGGACGCUGGAAUAACCCUAUGCGUUGAAAUUGCCUCUACAUUCCCAACCUUAUUAAAAAUUUAAUUAUGGGAAGACAGUCAGAUGUAGUCCUAAAUUCAGAAUGACUUAAGGAAUUGGUUCUAUGCAUUUUAUGAAUUUUUCUUCCCUUCCUUUCUUUUUCUUUUAGAAGCUAUAUAUCAUUAGAGAUACGGUUUCACUAAGUUCCAUAAUCUCUUUAUUUUUCCUGUGCCUAGCCUGCAUGGGGAAAUUCAAGGAAAACAAAAUUAUAAUCUAAAGUUAUCUAAUAAACUAUCUAAAGGUAGUUUAUUUUUGUUUUGUUUAUUAGGUAGUUAUAAUCUAAAAUUAGUUUUGGAGAUCCAAAGGAUUUACCCCAGGUCAUUGGUGGGAAAUCUGUCCUCAGAAGGUGUUGAUCUUGAAAUCAAAGUGGUGAUGCUUCCUCUGUCCCUAGGGUUGUCUUUGUCUUUAUCCUGUGACCUGAUUUCAGGAAUGCUGUUCAUACAAAACAGUUGGGGCCAGAAGUGCAUUUUCUGUUCUCAUCAGCUAGACACUAUUUAAAGGCAUAUGACUAACUGGAGUGUUCACUUGGAAAUGUCUGCACAAAACCAAUCAGUUUUCUACUGGUCAUGUUACAGGUGAUAUGCAUUUUUCUAUGAUGUGGCUUUAACCUCCAGGGUGGCCUUUGGUUUUAAUAUAAUUUUUAAAAACAAAUAAGAUGUGUAAAUUUUAUACAGAUUGCCAUUGCAAAUAGGUUUUUACUUAUUUUCAUUUUUCCACACCCUUUUAAGUGCCGUGUCAAUUUUUUUUUAAAACUUUUGGUGUAGAGGCUGUCUCAAAAUUAUUCAGCAGGGAAAUCAGGCAUUGGACAGUCAGAGUAGUCGGAAUUUUGGGUUUCUAGGAAAUAAGAUUUAUUUUUCGUAAGCAUGACAUGUUUGUGGAGUGACCUCAUUUUAUUUGUGUGAAGACUGGACUCCAGGUACCCUGCUCGUUCAGUACUAAUGCAAUUUACACGUUUUCUUUCAUGUGAAAUACUCAAAUAUAUUGUAAUCUGUAUUUGCGCACCUUUUUUUUUUUUACUUUGUCUUUAAAUAAAAUGUUUAUAAUA